CAAGAGAUGACCAACUGGGGCCAAAAGACUUCCAGAAGUACCGGCUCAUCACCAAACAGGUGGUAAUUGGUUACAGCAAAGUGUCUUGAAAGGAAAUUAAAUCACACAGUGAGUCACUUUCACCUACAAUUAACCAUUUUCAAAAAGAAACACAAAACCUGUGCUAAAACUGAAAGAAAACAAGUUGACAAAAUGAUUAAAUCCAAGAUUUGGUGAUAAUAUAGCAUAAUGAGAAUGAGAGAUUUACAAACACAUUUUAAAAGGCCAGUUAUUUUUGAACAGGAACAUCAAAUUACACUGAAAAAAAAAAAGUCAAAUUUAAUUAAUUUUUAUUUUGCAAGCUUUGCACACAUUUUUAAAGUAAAUUUAAGUAUAGAAUUGAGACAAACUUAACUAAUUUAUGUAAAAUUAGCAAAGAAAAUAAGUAAAUAACAGUCAGUAUAUUUUACUCAAUCAUUAUUACUGAACUUCACUCCAACAACAUAGCACUGAAAAAAAAGCCAUACUAUUAAAGCACAUGGCUCACUUAGAAAUAUUUAAGUUAACAAGGCAGUACACAGCUAAUUACACUUUCUAAGAUAAUAUGUCUACACAAUAUAUAGUUAACUUCCAAAUGAACACUUGGUACACAUACACAAUGACGGUAACAUCAGUGUUUGAGUAUAAAUGGGUCAUUUUGAGCAGAAAAUUAGUAUCACAAAACAGCAAGUUACCAAACCUAACAACAAAAGCAACCAUAAAGCAGUGUAUAUACAACUCAAUAACAGUGCAAAAUUCAACCUCAUUAAUUAUUCAUGUCCCAGGGCAUCAUGGGAACACCAGUAGGCCUAUCAUAACUUUGAAAUUUACUCCAAAAAUCCUUGUAAACAUAAACAAUUCCAAGUAAAAUAUGUGUUCAAACUUUAAUUUCUAAGCUUGAAUUGAGUACUGAUAUAGAAUUGACUCUUUUUUUAAUUCUUGCCUGAACUAAAUUAUUUAAUGUGGAAACUACUUUUGUUUUUCCAUAGUAUUUACUUCACCACAGAAUAAUUUUUAUCAGUGUUGGUAAUUUUAAGGCACAAUCGCAAAUGAUAAUACUAAAUGACAUGACAAGGAACCUCUUAACGGUUUGUUGUUAACAGGUCUUACUGGCAGUCUUACAAAUGGGGCUGUGGGGAGCGUAAGACAAAAUAAGCAAGCACAGAUGUCAACACAGCCCUAGCUUGACGUUUAUGUGUGUGCGUGUCUGGCCAUCUCAGUUGUCACCUUGUAGUAAAAUUGUUUAACCUCCUGGCUCAGCAAUAUAUCACUUACAGUUCCAAAUAAGGUAUCAUUACAUUAUGAUUUAAAGCUCCUCUCAGAAUAAAAGGCGAUGUAUUUUCCAUUAACAUAUUUGAUGGAUGUUUCCAUUGAUUUGGCAAACCCUUGCAGUUUCCAUUUAAAUGAUUCCAUUUCCUCAAAACCUAAAAGUUACGACCUGUAAUAUUUUUUUCCCUUGUUCUAGUGUGUGUUUUUUAAGCUAAUGUGGUGAGCAUGAUUUUGCUUACAGUUUUUGCAUAUUCAUUUUAAAAUCUCAUAUAAUACACUACUUGCUUUAUACUGUUAAACUCGAGGUGACAACCGUUUCUUGGUAGAAAGAUAUGCUUGGUGGAAACUCCCACGUUCAAGCAUCAUUUCCUUCUUAGAGACAUCAAAGAUCUAACUGAGUUGGCAAUAAAAGCAAAAGAGAAAAAAGAAGGAAGAUGAAGGCUCAUUCAGAUUAGCUGAUGGUAAGACGGACAGAUAGAGAGGUCUAGUCAGUACAACAACACAAUUAAAAAAAACCCAAUAGACAAAGCAGGAAACAGGCGGAAGAGAACGCCUAUGUUGGUUUGGCUCGACAACCAUGAGAAGCAACUUUCUUUGCGCUCUUCUUAUCCUUGCCUUCCUGGAAUCAGGCAAAUCAAACAGUGCUGUAUCUAUUAGUCACAGUCGAGAUGGAGAUGGACAGAACAUUACCUGUGUCCUCUCCGGGGAUGAAAACAUGACACAAAUCAACUGGGAGAUGCUAAAAGGCCCGAAUCGCACCAAACUGGGCACGUAUCACCCACAUUUUGGAAUUUACAUAAUGCAAAAAUAUGGGACUAAAGUAAAGAUCCAGAACAAAAAAUCUCCUCAUCCAUCAUCAUCCCUUCUCGUUAAAGUAGCAUCAAACGAGAGCGUGCUAAUCUGUUGUGCGUUCAUAACAUUUCCUUCAGGUAAACUUGAGCAGUGUACUGAUAUCAGUAAGAAAGAUGUCAGUAUCAACACGUCUAUAAUCAAAGAUUUUACAUAUGUGGAACCAGAACCAAGGCUGGGAUUAUUUGGACAUUUGGGUGCAAUGGUCAUUGGAACUAUUCUCUCCCUCUGUAUCCUGACCAUCCUUUUCUAUUUAUGCAGAAAAAACAGCUGUAGAAGGAGGAAUUCCUUUAAAAUACGGACAUACUUGACAGACUCACCAGCUGAGACAUUUGCUGAAGAAUCAGUUGAUGCACCUGCUUCUCAAAGUUCUGUGAAUGGCUUUGACCCCUCAAAACUUUAUGCCAAGAUCAAAAAAGACCUUUUCUAUGGCCGGCUGUGGAAGUCUUACCAAGGUCAACCCAAACCAUGGACACAAGGUACCAUGAAUGAACAAGGGCAUGUUUAUCACCUGUUAGGACAGAGUCCCUUACCACAAAGAAAUGUGGAGGGCAGCCCCUUGAGGCCAGAAACAACAGAAACUACAGAACAACAUUUCAGUAGUUUUUAGUUUCCAGUCUUUCCAGUGUGAUUGAGAGGAACCUUGUCAUAUUUGUGUAAUGUAAAAUAGCUUAAAUAAUUGUAAUGCAAAAAUAAAUCAAUUAAUAUUUUGUUUUCAGUUUAAGAUAAAUACAUGUUUCUAACACUGAAUAAACGUUUAUGUGAGAAUCUAACAGA